GGUACAGAGCGAAAAUAGCUCUGUUGGCCCACAUAUGUUUUUGGUGUGCACAUAAACUCUGCGUACGUUUAGAUGUUGCUCUGCAGAAUAAAAUAGCUUGGUCUGAACAUACCUUUAACUUCUUUAACAGAUAGGGAUUGAUGGAGAGGCUUGGUGAUGGAGGCCAAGACCCACGACGGACAGUGGAGCCACAUAGUGAGUGUGGAGAGUACGUCGAAAUUCUAUUGCCCAAAUAAUUGUGGUAGAAGUUACAAUAAUAAAGGAAACCUCAACAGACAUCUGAGAUAUGAGUGUGGAGUGGAACCCCAGUUCCAAUGUGACCAGUGUUCUUAUCUUACUAAGCAUAAAGACCAUCUGCGAAAACAUGUGCUUCUGAAACACACUGCAAUAAAAAUCCAAAUAUGAUUACUGAUUACAUUUUAACAAUGACGGUUGAACAAUUCACUUUGUACGAUGGCAACUGAUGAACAGUUUUUUUCAAUACCCAAAUCCUUAACAGUUUACUAUUUUUGGUAAGUGUAGGUUGAGUAUGUGUAGAACGACGAAUGAAUUAUUUCAAAUCCUCAAUGUAUUUUUCUUUAUUUGUGUUGUUGCAAUGCGAUUUUCAACUAUUCUUGUCCUUCAAAGCAACUAUGAAUAAAUGAAAACAAUACUAUAGUAGUUUAACCUCCUAUUCAUAGAAAGAACUAUAUCUUACUUUCAAAUAUUACUCUUUAUAAUUAUUAUAUUUUCCUUGAUUAAUAAGAAGAGUAAGUAUAAUUAAAUUAAAGUGCAACUUUUGAAUUAUUGUAUAUCAAAGAUUCUGUUUGGUUAAAAAGUUAGAAUUAUAAUAGAAUGUAAUAUUAUUCUUCUACUCCUUUCACUUCAACUCAAUCCUCCAUAAUAACUUGACCAGUUCUCCGUCCUCUUUUAAUUUCUUUUUCUUUUUCUUCUUCUUCUUCU